AUGUUUACGCCCAAGCAAGGGGCUAUCGGUGGCAGGUCGCGGACCUCCAGACUACGUGUAACGGCCAAUUACUCUUGGCCGUGUCUGCUAGGUCCCAGAGAGACACCGUCGCUUCAGCAGUACAUGCACAAUGUGUUUUUUCCCGUUUCCCAGACAGGGCGUCCUUCACGUCCGGGUGCGCGAGUACUACCGUAUUUGGAUGAUUUCCUAAUCAUGUUUACUUCCGAGGAGCAAGCACGUUUUUGCGCACGCUGGGUGCGUGAGAUGAUCGAGUUUUUGGGUUUGUCAUGUCAUCCCACCAAGUGCCAGUGGGAGCCGUCGCAGUCAGUGUAUCACUUAGGCAUUACUGUCAAUACGGCAGCUGGUGUGUUUGAGGUGACUAAGCAAAAGCUCGCAAAAUUGUGGUGGCUGGCGAUCGGGUUGCGGAUCACGGCAAAGAAAAAUCAGCGUCUGGUGCAGAAGUGCGAGCUGGCUAAGUUUUGUAGUUUUGCACAGAGCAUCAAAUUGGCCCUUACUCCAGCUCUCUUAUUUCUCCGCAAUUGUUACGAUGAUGUGAAGCAACCGGUCUGGCAGUGCGGGUGCAGUCGUAGUGUGGGCGCUUUCGCAUGGCACUCGGUCGGUCAGUGUGGUGGUGCAAUUGCGGGGUCGUGUGCCCCCGAGUGGGCAUCCGUCAGCAACUGUGGAGUGAUCCGUCGCGUCGGUGGCGGGACCGUGGUUACCGUGUCCCUAGUCGCGUUGAUGGUGGCGGCUGCAUUGCGCUCGAAGCAGCUGCAGGAAUACUGCAAAGAUGUUGGCGGCAGUCACGCGAUCAUGAACAUUCUUUCUUUUUUGACGAACAACUUCGGUCACAGCUGCCUUGAGUUGAGAAGCGCCGCGUGUUUAUACGGGUUCUUGAUAUCACGCUUCUAUUCAACAUCUCCUUGA